AUGAUCAUUCCAUACUCUCAAGAAGAUCUAACAUGGCUUAAGACAUCGAUCGUGGCCAUUCGCAAAACGCAGACUCUUGAGACCGACCCACAAAAAGACAGCCUACCGACGAGAGUUGCUCCGUCUGAAUUAGAUACAUGCCAGCUGCCAGAUGCCCGCGCGACGACUGCGCAUUGUAAACGCUCAGAGGCAAUGUUGGAGACUAAUGUACACAAAUCAACAUCGAAUCCGAAAGCCGGAAAACGUUCUAUAUUUGACCCAAUACCCGACCCAGGCGGAAAGUUGCUGAAACACUUCUCUACCUAUCAAAGGCAAAAUAAAUGCACCCAGACUGAAACCAUUUCCGAGCCAGCAGAGCCUGCAUCAGAGAGUUUAACCAUGCAUAUAUUCACGCCACAAGCUUCGAUUCAGGACAACGAUAUCCUAAUUAACCACCGCCAUCACACGAUCAACCUUUCCCCGAAGGAGGUUAAAUCCCAACUGGACGCAUGGAAAUCUUCUACGCCUUCUAGUAUCUGUGAGCAGUUACAGGCCCUGACGUUCAAGGAGCGCUUUGCAUUGGACAUGAAUAAGCUCAUAGGUCACACCACACAGUAUCCAUUUUACAAGGCAAGAUUAGAAUGGAUACAUUUCGGCGAGUAUGGUCCAAUCAUCCAUGGUUUGGAGACGCCGAAGGCCAGAGCUUUGACCGUUAUUACGAGCUCAGAGGCUUCACCUUUACCAUCUCCUUCGAGAUUUUUUCCUGAUUGGAACUUUGACAAGCAGGACCGAUCUCUGCCUUGUCCGCCACCAGGUAAAAGGCCAAAAUUGAAGGUGGCAAUAGACGAGAUGAAUGAUAUGCCCCAAGCCCAUACCCCAGAGUCAAAAGCUGCGAGCUCUGUUGUCUUACCGCCCCCAUCACCCAAGAUUGAAAGAGAGGAAGAAAAGGAAGAGGAAGAGGACCAAGAUGACCGCUUAUCGGAGAAUGAUUGGGAGGCAGAAGGUAUUGUUCAGGGUCUCUUGGCAGCCUAUACUACCUGA